AUCCUUAUUUCGCGUUUUUGUCUCUUGCAGCAUUUUAAGUAGAUAAUCAUGUCAGCUUAUGCAAUCUAUAAAGAGCUGUUUCCUCCUCAAACAGUAGAACAGGUAGAAACUUGUCACUUCACUUGUCCUGAAGCGAUCAAUCUAGUUGUAGCCAAAGCUUCUUUACUCCAGAUCUAUGCGUUUGUGGAAUAUCUGCCAGAACAAAAACCUAAAGAAGACAAUGACGACGAAGAUAGUUUAGGAGAUCAAGAGCUAGCCAAUGAACGACUUAAUGAGAAUGAAGAUGUGUCUCUUGUGUUUCCCAAACUCAAGCCUUUACAACAAAAAAAAGAUGUAGCAGGAUCAAGCUUAGGCAGACUUGAAUUAGUCGCACAAUACAAGCUGAAUGGUACAAUUGCUACCAUGGGUGUUGUUAGAACCAAUUCAUCUCGAGGAAAAGAAGGAUGUGAUAGUCUUUUGUUAGGGUUCAGUGAUGCCAAGAUGUCCUUGUUAGAAUGGUCCCCUGCAACAAAUGCUAUUGUGACAGUAUCUAUUCACUAUUAUGAAAGAGACGAAUAUAAAAAAGAGUUUUUAAACAACCCUUAUCCAUCCAACAUUCAUAUUGAUCCACAACAACGAUGUGCUGUAUUAAACUUUUAUGAUAACAAAUUGGCUGUAUUACCAUUUCGACAAGCAGACAAGUUAGGCGAACGACAAGACGAUGUAGAAGAAGAUGAAGAAGCACAAAAAUGGCCUUAUUUACCUAGUUUUUUAAUUGAUUUAGAGACAAUUGAUUCACGUAUUCAGAAUGUGAUUGAUAUGGUAUUUUUAUCUGAUUAUUAUGAACCUACAUUGGCCAUUUUAUUUCAAUCAGAACAAACCUGGACAGGUCGAUUAGGCAGUGUCAAAGAUACAGUGUCUGUUGUGGUCAUUUCUCUUGACCUGACAGCCAAAAUUUAUCCUAUCAUCUACUCUAUUGACAAACUCCCUUAUGACUGUCUUAAACUGGUCGCAAUGCCUAAACCUGUGACGGGUGUCUUGGUCAUUGCUGCCAAUUCACUCCUGCAUGUCUCUCAAGGCUCUCCCGGUGUAGGUGUUGCUGUGAAUGGUUAUGCUAAAAAGAUCACUGAGUUUCCUGGUAUGAUCUAUGAUGACAAGCUCAUUCAAUUGGGACUUGCUUUGGAUGGUGCUAAAGCCCUUGCUUAUGGUCGUGAUCGAUGCUUGAUAUUCAUGCAGAAUGGUCAUUGGGCUAUUGUCCAGAUGAAGCUGGAUGGUAGUAAAGUAGUAGGUAUGCAGAUCCAAGAAAUAGUGAAUCCUACUGGCCAAACCUAUGCUACUGUACCUUCUUGUGUCACUCAUGUCAAGCCAAAUGAAUAUUUCUUUUUGGGUAGUCGUGUAGGUGACUCUCUCUUGAUCAAAUGGAACCAUUUGCCAACUUUUCGAGUCUGUGAUACCUUACUUAACACAGGCCCUAUUCUUGACAUGUCCAUGGGUGAUGUCGAAAGCAACCAAAACACAGAACAGAAGGUUCAAGGUAUACCAGACUUGGAGUUAGUCAGUUGUUCAGGCCAUGGCCAAAAUGGCGCUUUAUCUGUCUUUCAGAGACAUAUCCAUCCUCAAACCUCAUUCUCUUUUACUCAGUCAGACAGUCAGGCCAUUUGGUCCAUCAAGUGUCGAAAAGAAUUGUUGGAUAGACGGUCUUCUGUCGGUUCAGAAGACAAUGCACGAUGGGAAGACGACCAUGCGUUUGAUGAGGCUUUGGAUAAGCUGUUGUUUAUCAGUAAAUCAAAAAGUACCAUGGUCUUGUCUGCAGGGGAUGAACUACAGGAACUGGUCAAGACAGGCUUUUAUACAAGAGGACCCACCAUUGCUGUCAGUACUUUAUUUGAUGCUACUCGCAUUGUCCAAGUGUAUGCGACGGGUGUGAUGAUAUUAACACCUAAAGGAAAGCGACUCCGUACUAUUCCUAUGCGUGGGUCUAAAAUUGUGGAUGCCAGUAUUCGUGAUCCUUAUAUCUUAUUGACACUGGAUAACAAUAAAAUAGUGGUCUUACGAGGAGACGAGCAACAGAAGGAAGUGAGCCCCAUCUCUUUACCCUCUCAUGUCCACAAGAUGCCUAUUUCCAUGGCCAGUAUAUUUGCUGAUACUUCAGGUUUGUUUACCACAGUAGCAGACAAGAAAAAGAAACGCAAGGCUACCACAGAGAUACCACAGACGAAUCCUAAGCGACAUAUGCAUGAAUUUGAUGAAGUGGAUAUGGAUUUGUAUGGUGACCAAUUGGACCAUGAAAUCAAAAAUACCCCAGCUCCCAUCAGUGUCUUUGGAGAAGACAUGGAUGAUGAUGAUGAAAUGCUCUAUGGUAAUCAAGCAACAACGACAACUCAAGUCGAUGAAACCAAUGUCAGUCUACAAGGUAAUUUGAAUGAAAUGACACGCGUCAGUUUCUGGGCUGUGCUGCACACACACGAUGGGACAUUGUAUAUCUAUAGUCUACCUGAUUUCAAAGAACAUUUUGUAUGCUCUCAAUUUGAUAUCCUGCCUGAACUCAUCACAGAUCACAAAGACAAGAAAAAGCCUAGUCAACCUCGAUCGGUGAUUAAAGAACUUUUGUUGACCAAUAUUGGUAAAGAAAGAAAAGAUCCUCACUUGGUAGCGCGUACCGAUUCAAACGAUAUCAUCAUCUAUAAGGCAUUUAGUUUUGUACCUUCAGAUAGUUCAGAUCGACUUGCCUUACGGUUCUCGCGUGUACAUCAUGAGUAUGUGUCUCAUAAGCCAGAAAAACAAGCAGCCAAAAGAAAAGAAAUCAUUGAUGAAUUUGAGAUUCCAGGCUUGGAUCUAGACGAUGAAGAAGAACAACCAAAACUCGACAAACAUCAUAAAAAACGCUUGAUUCCAUUCAGUGAUGUAGCAGGCUAUACAGGUGUGUUUGUAGCAGGUGUUCAACCUGCCUGGCUAAUGAAUUCCUGUAAAAGUUUUGUGCGUGUCCAUCCGAUGAAGACAGAACAUCCGGUCAUUGGAUUCACUCAAUUCCAUAAUGUCAAUUGUCAACAUGGUUUCAUUACAGUAGAUGAGAAAUCAAACGUUCGACUUAGUAAAUUGCGCACAGACAAUGUGAUUUAUGAUCUUGAUUGGGUAUUGCAAAAGAUACCCUUGGGCAGAACACCUCACAAGAUUGAAUAUCAUCCUUUCAUGCGUGUCUAUGCUGUGGUUGUCUCAAGUGCUCAACCUGCGCGUGUACAUAUAGAAGAAGAAACAGCAGAGGGUCAAGUGCCAGAGAAAGAAGAGAAUACAAGUGAGUUCCUGCCUCAAGUAGACAAAUUCUCUAUGAUCAUGGUUUCUCCUGUCACUUGGGAAAUUGUAGAUACCGUUGUAUUUGAAGAAUUCGAACAAUGCUUUUCACUUGAAUGUGCAGCCCUUGAGUCUAAACAGACAAGUACAGGUCGCAAACACUUUAUGGUGGUUGGAACAGGCUAUUUGAAAGGUGAAGAUACAACCAUGCGAGGCUCUAUUCGCAUCUAUGAUAUUAUUGAAGUUGUACCUGAACCCAACAAUCCGCAGACAAAUCACAAAUUCAAGCAUUUACAUACAGAAGAUGUCAAAGGUGCUGUGACUGCCAUGUGUAAUGUCAGUGGCCACUUGGCUUCUUGUAUUGGGUCUAAAGUGAUUGUAUGGAGCUUGGAAGAUGAUGAGAGUCUAGUGGGUGUUGCUUUUAUUGAUGUCCAAAUCUAUGUGACCAGUAUGAGUUCAAUUAAGAAUUUUAUCUUAUUGGGAGAUGCACAAAAGUCCAUUUGGUUUUUAGGGUUCCAGCUUGAGCCAGCUAAACUGUCUCUUUUGGGCAAAGACUAUCAAUCCUUUGAAGUAGGCUGCGUUGAUUUUAUUAUUGACGACAAAUCCUUGUAUUUGGUUGUAGGCGAUACUAAUGAAAAUCUUGAUUUAUAUCAAUAUGCACCUUUUAACUUACAAUCCUUUGGUGGUCAAAAACUAAUGCGACGUGGUGAUUUUCAUGUGGGUUCUCAAGUCCAAACUAUGGUUCGUUUACCUCAGAUUGAAAAGACCGACAAAGGAUUUGAAUACACUCGUCGCCACUUUUGUCUUUGUGGUACAUUCAGUGGCUCUAUCUCUGUCAUUUCGCCUAUUUCAGAAAAGACGUUUAAGCGUCUUAGUACACUCUAUGGCCAAUUAGUCAAUAAUGUUCAGCAUGUAGCUGGUUUGAACCCAAGAGCCUAUCGAUUAAUUAAAGGACCCAAGCAACGUAUGGCAUCCAAUCGAACUAAAGCUAUUCUAGAUGGUGAUUUGAUCUUUGAAUUUGCAGGUUUAUCUAUUGAACAACAAAAGGAAAUCACAAAGCAAAUUGGUACUACUGUUGCUCGUAUUAAAGAAGACUUGGUAGAUAUCGAGACAAGUAUUGAUCAUUUUUAGAAAUAAAAUAAAAAAUAAUUUCCUUUUUUGUAAUUUUCAUGCUGAGGAGCAAAAAUGGCGUAAAAUCAAUUGUGUGCGUCUGCAAGGAAUAAGCUUCUUUCCUUUUCAAUCCAUAUACUUAUUUGAUUAUCAUGGUGAGUACAUCAUGAUAUUGUGUAUCACUCUAUGGAUGGACGGAUGGAUGAAUGGAUAGAUAGAUAGAUAGAUGGAUGGAUGGAUGGGUGGAUAGACAAAGGAAAAAAAAACAAAGAGAAAAAGAGACUUGGAUACCAACUUGCACUUUCACCAUGA